CAAGACUCGGUCACACCUCCACAUUUCGUGUGCUCAGCAGGCUGAUGUUAAAGUAGAAUUUAAGUUGGUCAAGUUCUAACUGAAAAUUAGACAAACAACGUAUCCUAUUUGCUAAAUUCACAGCAGUGUUAAGUUUUAAAAAAGUUCCACAAAACACGAUGACUCUAAGCAUUGGCUCGCUGAAGCUGAACAAGUGGCAGCUGGCGAUCAUCAUUGGCACUCCGCUGGCCAUCGGACUGGGCACAUAUGCGGUGAAGCGGUGGAGGGCUGCGCCCAAGGAGGCGGAUGGGGAGAAGAAGCGGCCGAAGGGCAAGAUCGAGAAGCAGCCCAUUUCCCUGGACGGCGGUGCUACGGACCCGGAGCUGGAGAACAAUAAGAAGAAGGCCGAGCUGGGCGAGAUUCUGUCGCCUCUCAAGGAGGCCAACAACUACAAGGCGGAGGGCAACACCUGCUACCGGAACGGCAAGUACGACGAAGCCAUCAUCUUCUACGACAAGGCCAUUGAGAAGUGUCCGAAGGAGCACCGCACCGAUAUGGCCAUCUUCUACCAGAACCGCGCCGCCUCCUACGAGAUGCUCAAGAAGUGGGCCAAGGUGAAAGAGGACUGCACCAAAUCCUUGGAGUACAAUCCGCGCUACGUGAAGGCCUACGUUCGACGUGCCCGUGCCCACGAGGCCACCAAGGACAUGACCGAGUGCCUGGACGAUGUGACCGCCACCUGCAUUCUUGAGAUGUUCCAAAACAAUCAGACCAUCAUGUUCGCAGAUCGCGUGCUCAAGGAGACGGGUCGUCUGGACGCCGAGAAGGGAAUGCGCAACAGGGUGCCCGUUGUCCCGUCAGCUUGCUUCGUGAACACCUACAUGCGUUCCUUCAUCGCGGAUCCUCUGCAGACCGCGGAACUCCCGCCCGCCCCGGAGUCUAACGCCCCCGCAAAGGGCUUUCUGCGGGCCCACCAAGCUUUCCUUGACGAAAGGUACGACGAAAUAAUUCCCGCCUGCACCGAAGAGAUCGAAUCCUCCGAGGCCGAGGCGCAGUACAAAGUUGAGGCUCUGCUCAUGCGGGGAACCUUCCAUCUCCUAUGUGGCUCCUACAUAGAGAGUCAGCAGGACUUUGAUGCUAUCUUGGCAAAUGCUGAUGCUGAUCCUAAUCUGCGUGCUUACGCGUACAUAAAGCGAGCUGCCCUUUACAUCCAGCUGGAUGAGCGCGAGAAGGGUCUGGCCGACUUCGAUGAGGCGGAAAGGCUGAACCCAGAAAACCCGGACGUGUACCACCAGCGCGCCCAGAUCCUGCUGCUGCUGGAGCAGAUCGAGCCCGCUUUGGCCGAAUUUGACAAGGCGGUGCGCAUUGCGCCCAACCACGCCAUCGCCCUCGUCCAGAAGUGCUACGCCGAGUACCGCCUGUCGCUCCUGGCCGGCGACCAGCGGCGCUUAGAGGGCGUGAUGCGCGCCUUCGAGGAGGCCAUCGAGCGGUUCCCCAAAUGCGUCGAGUGCUACAGCUUGAUGGCCCAGGUUCUGGCCGAUCAGCAGCAGUUCUUCCAAGCGCAGAAAUACUACGAGAAGGCCAUGGAGCUGGCGCCAAAGAAUCCGGCCCUGAUCGUUCAUCAGGCCAUCAUGGUGCUGCAGUGGCGGGGAGACAUUGAGUCGGCUGUCCAGAUGCUCAACAAGGCUAUCGAAGUGGAUCCCAAGUGCGAGCUGGCCUACGAGACCCUGGGAACCGUGGAGGUGCAACGGGCGCAGCUAAAGCGGGCGGUCGAACUUUUCGAGAAGGCGCUGCUCUAUGCCAAAAGCCAGGCGGAGCUGGUGCACGUCUACUCGCUGCGCAACGCGGCGGUGGCCCAGAUCAACGUUACCAAGAAGCUGGGCAUCGACAUGAACUCCGUCUCAGCCAUGGCACAAUCGGGCUUGAUGCCCCAGGGCGUCGCAUAGAGUGUGGAUGGUGUGUAUUGUAAUCGAGAGACGGAGGAGAGAGGAGCAUUUAGCCAGACCACCACUAGCAGACCUACUCUAAUUAAGUUAAUAUCGACCAUACCUGUUAUUUAUAUAUAUAUAAAGCUUGUUUAUGUUUAUGCUCCUA